UACCAGUUUCCUGAGAUGAGGGGGUGCCUUUGGUUUGGGGAGACAAGGCUUUCUAGUAAUUUGAUAAAUGCCACAUCUGCCCCGAGGGGGAUGAAGAUCAGAAGGAACCUGGUGAGUCAGGCAGAGCUGUCCCUCAGGAAGCACCCAGUGCCUUCAGGAUGGGCGGGCAGCCACUGCUUCACGAAGUGACCCCAGAAGACCUUCCUGUGAGAGUGCUGUCUGUCACCGUGCCUGGCCUGCUGGGGCUUACGGCAGCAGUAGCUUACAGGUUAGGAGGGAACCAGUGUCAGCUUCAGAGUUCUUCUCUUAAGCCUAAAGAAAGGAGCACAGCCAGUAACAUUACACUGAGCUCCUCAACCCUGUGUUGUGUGCAUUUACUGCGAGGCCAGGCAGCGCUGCUGGAGGCAAAUGGGCUGUGCUUCUGGGGGAGACCAAAGAGGGACCUGAGUUUGCUUUAGGAGAGGGGCUCCAACCACGGGGUUUAGUGUGCCUGGAGCUCAGAGCCAGGGAGAGUGCUCAUGGUAGGAGACGGCCAGGGUAGCUGAGGGAGGAUGAGGGAGUAGGAAAGGGUCAGGAUGGCUGAGGGACAAGGGACAGACCCAUGCUGUGUGGGGGUCAGGGUAACGUUGUGUGGAUGGAUCCUUGGGACAGUUUCAACCCCAAAAGUAUCAUAUCGGAAUGAGAUGUGAAUUCAUAACCCAACUCGGGCCACUGCCUGAGGAGUGGGUUUGAGAAACUCUGAAGUAACAGAGCAGAGGGUCCAGGAGGACGCCGAGGUGGACAGGAGACUGGCUGCGAAGUACACGGGGACUGUUUGUCCCUGCGUGAGCCUGCAGGGUAAUGCCCUCUAUGUUUGUGCUGCUAUUUACAGAAAUGAGAGCUCUGAGGGAGGAGGUUUCCGUAGGAGAGACAAGCUUGGUUUUUGUUGGGUCUGAGCAGCUUUCAGGGCUCCAGUAGAAACCCUUCCCAGGCGGCCAGAUGGAACAGGCUGCUAGCUGGCUGCAGCCAGUUAGAGGUGAUGUUUGAAGUCUGAGGCUGACAGGUGAGUGGGAGGAAGAAGAAGAGCUCCUGGCUGUGAACUGGUAGCUGCCCCUAGACCCAGAAGUGGCCUUUUAUGGGUGAGGGAGAACUGUGAAUGGAAGGACAAAGGUGGGAGAAGUUAGGAAAAGCAGGUGUCUGGAGCCCUCUCCCUUCGAGUAUCAGGUAAAAGACAAUUUGUGAUGGUGUGCUGAUAUCAAACCCAUACAGCAGAGUGACAGCUUCUCACAGGAACAGUAUUUCGGAGUAUGUAUGACUGUGCAAUUUGAGUUUUAACUUGGUAGACCACAGCAAAUGUAAUGUUUAGGGGAAACGCAGAUGGUAAUCACGCAGCAGUCACUGUGCAGAGAAAGGCUGCUGGGCUGAGACAGCCCAGCUCCUGGUUCUUGACCCUGUCACUCAGCGUAUGGCCUGACACAAGUUCCUGGCCUUUCCGUCUUACUUUCUAGGUCUCUGAGAUGGCACAGUACCUGAGGGAUAUGUGCUCUCUACCUCCUCGGGCCGUUGUAAGGAUUACACACAUGAGGUGGCUGAAACAUAUGAUAAAUGUUCAAAAGAAUUUUUAAAGCAUUACAGCAAGACACAUUGUCAAUAAUCUGCCUCAAAAUCAGCCCCCCACUUCAAACACUCUUAUCCCAUCAUCCUGGCUGCUUUCGGAAGCAGUUCUGCAAGUCCUGUUCUGUGAGUGUCUAUGUGAGGUGUGAUCCAAGGGAAAGACAAGCUUGUAAGAUCAUUACAUGGUUCACCAGAUCUGACACCAUGUGACUUCCGGAUCUUCCCCAAACUCAGAAAGACCAUGAAAGUUUAAAAGUUUUGAAUUGAUUCAGGACAGUAAGGCAGCCACCACAAUGCAAGUGAAGACAUUAAUGAAAGGAUUUCAAGAACUGCUUUAGCAAAUGGUAGGAUCAGUGAGGUAAGUGAUUUCAAAAGAGGGAAUAUUUUUGAGGGAUAUUAGUAGCAAUAUAUAUUUUACUGUAAUUUGAAAAUUUUAAAUAAUCACCAUAUUUUUUAUCACACCUCAGUUGCAUCCUGCAUAUGCAGUGUGUGCAUCAUGUGGGCCUUGCACCCAACACACCAAGUGCUCUAAAGCCUGCCCCUGCUGGUGUUCUUAUAGUGAUGUGGUUUCUCUGUGUCAUACCUGUCAGUUCCAGUCCCAGCAUUGGGUCCUGGGAGAAUUCUGAGACUUGUCCAAGGCCAGUGAGCUGCAGUCCCAAGUAGAGUCCAGGAUCUUCUCACCUGACUCACAGGCACAGGCCUCUUCCACCUCAUGUGUUGACAAGUGUGAGGCGCUGAAUGCCACACAAGAUCAGCUGUAAUAAAGGGUCCAGUGUCGGCUCACUAACAUGUAGUGAAGCAAAGCGGAUAACAUCAGUGGCAAAACUUUCAGCGUUUACCCAAGCAAUUUCUCAAGAUGUAUGUUGGUGUUCGUUUGCAUUGCUUUGCAUGUCAUAUUAUGUGCAUUCCCAUAGGUGGUAGUUUUCCUAGUAGGCUAUAAAGGCUGAGAUUCUAGUAUACAAGAGAAAAUAAAAUCAGAUGGAAUGAAUGUGGCUGUGGGGAUGUUGGGCUUAUUGUGGGCUUUGAGGUAAAGGAUCCUUAUUUACUAUUUUGAAAAAGGGCUGGGAGCCAGAUAUCAUUUGAUGAAGGCAGGUCACAUCUUAAUAUGUUGUUGUAGUCAAGAUCUGCAAGGGAAUGAAGUUAGUACAGGACACAAUUUAUAGGAUUAUUUUAUAAUACUCAACCAGAAAGUCAAAUGCAGAAGAGUGGAAGCAAUGUUCCCAUGCACUAGAGACCCAGAAAAUGCAGCUGAGGGCCUGGAUCCCACCUCAGUGUCCAGGUGAACACUUAGAGCCACUUAGAGUGGCAGUACCCCCACCGGGAUCUGCUCUGGGAAGGCUCGAAGGCCAAUGAUGGAAGCUAGAAAGUUCACUCUGGUGGGAUGAAGAAUCUGUGCCAGUAGGCUGAGGGAUCCUCACUGUAGCCAAGAAGUAAUGCUCAAGGUGAGACUCAGAGCUCCCCCAAAGUGAACCCCAGUCAUCCUCAGCACUAGUGAGGACCUGAGCUCCUCUAAUAAUGAGAACAGCUGAGUUCCUAUCAGGAAAACCAGUGUGACAAGCUUCUCCAGGAGAAUCAACAGCACCAUAUUCCCCUCCAGUUCUUUUGUGGUGCUGACAGCAAUCCUCAGGUGGGCCUUCCACACCAGAACCUGCUGAUUCAGCUCAGCUGGGCGUUAUGGGUUGACUGUUAGUUAAUCUACCACAGAUGUCCUGAAGCUUGAUGUGCUGAACAAAUAGAAGAAUACUAGAAAAGAGGGAAAAAAGACUACAGGGCAAUGGAAAGUGCCAGAAAAUGAUGCAGUAGCAGAACUGCUUCUGCUUCAUGAAACUGAACUGACAAGAAAUGCUACGUGUCAGAAAGUAAAGGUUGAAUUACAGCUAAGCAGUAUGAGAUUUUAGAAUGAACAUAAUCUUAAAUGCAAAUGUGUGAGCCUUUGAAACCAAUAAAUUCCCUUUAAUUCAGAUUUAUUAGGAAAUUUACUAUCAUGUCAUAAAAAUCUUAGGAAUAUAGAGUAUUAAAAAACUAUAAAUUUGUUAUUUAGAGCAGUCAUGCUCAAGAUGUGGUCACUGGGCCAGCUGUACCAGUUUCAGCUGGGUUUUAGAAAUGCAGAUUCUGUCUGGGUGUAGUGUAAUUCCAGCACUCUGGAAAGCUGAGGCAGGAGAAUCACAAGUUCAAACCUAGCUUGGACAGUAGAGUGACUUAGCAAAAUAAACAAAACAGCUGAGUGGGCUGGUGCAUGCCUAUAAUCCCAGCACUCAGGAGGCUGAGGCAGGAGGAUUGCUUUGAGUUUGAGACCAGCCUAAAUGCCCAGUCAGCCAUAACACUGACUCAUGCUCUGCAGAUGCUGCUGUGAAGCCACAUUCCUCUGUCGCACAAUACAUAAGUGAGUUCAGUUCUGGGCCUAAGUAUGUGUUUUUGCAUUUUUCUUUGUUGAAUGUCAUCUCACUGGAUCCUAGUGUGGCUCCAUCUGUUAAGGUCCUGUUCCUGUCAACUCAGCUGCAAACCAGGCCUCCCUCACCUUUGUGUCCUCUGCCCGUGCAGCUGUGACUUUGUUAGAGGUUUGCCUCAUCGGUAGUUACCAUGGCCUCUUGUGUAGUCUUCUGAGGUCAGAGUAGAGUAACAGGAGUCACCAGGCUCAGUGUCCUUAGCACUGGAGCUACUGUUACCCUAAAGUCUCCCUUAGGUAUCUCAUCUUCACAGGCCUGGCUCUGUGACGCAGUCCAGGUGUCCAUCACAGCACCACCAUUGCUGGAGUGUGAUUAGUGACUGAGAAGGUGGCUUCCUGCCCCUUCUGCUGUGUAGACCAUUGGCCACAUAAAUAGGCCACAUAAAGAUGGGUUUCUGCUUGCUUGUGAUCAGAUGAAGGUGCAUUUGAAAAUUUAGGAAGCAAAGAUUUGUGUCUUGGAAUUUUUCUCUGGUUUAUGCUCUAAAACUCAACUUUGAAGUCUAGAUAUAGCUGGGCACAUGAGUGUAAUCCCAGGGAGGCUGAGGCAGGAGGAUUCCUGCAAGUUUGAAGCUAGUCUGGACUGCAUAGUGGGUUCAAGGCCAGCCUGAGCUACGCAGUGAAACAUUGUCAAAAAAAAAAUUUUUUUUGAAAAAGUGUAGAUGUAGCCAGGAAACCCACGCCAUCUAAUUUUUUAAAUUGUGAAAUCUCAGUUCAUACAUGACUCUUAAAGGAGUAUAAUUAUCAAAUUGUACAAUAAAGGUGUCAAUGGCAAAAAGCAAAACAACUUUAUAACAAGAAUGCUUUUAGCAAGCUUCCUAGAGCAUGGCUCCUGCCCUACUGUAGUAAGGUCCUUCUCCACUCCCAGCCCAGCCUUGUGCAGGGAAGUUCCCUCCAUAAACCAGACUAAAGGAUCCCUGAAUCCAAGCUUAUUUUCCUGCUCCUUACUAUUUUUCUUCUGGUGAUGGGAAUUGAACCCAGGGCCUUGUGCAUGCUGAACACAUGGCUGUACCACUAAGCUGCACCCUAAGUCUGUCCCUUACCAAGGUCUCCCUCACUGUGAAAAGAAGUGUCUGGUGGCAAUGAAGUUCUCCAGAAUCUGCAAUCUCUGGGGAAGGGAGGCACACUUCACCUUUAUCUGCUUAGGGAUUAGGCCUGAGAAUUGAACUUAGGUAAGGAAGGUAACAGGAAAGCCUAUGGUGACUUUGAUAGGGGUCUCAUGACCAGAAAGCUCUGGAAGGGAAAGAAGAUCCAGAGACAGCCCCUGGGCUGAACAGAUGGUGGUGAACUCAGAAAAUGGAAGAAGCCAUGGGACUAAGGGGACUGGGUAAGGAAAUGGCCUGGGAGCUGAUGGUUGGCACCACGAGGGCCUCAGCUUUCUGUCUGCAGUGAUCAUUGGUGUCAUGUGCAAAUUUCAUCUCCUACUUUUAAGACUUGAUAGGAGGUCGGAUUGAUCAUGCCCUCUGUUUUUUAAGUCAAACUAGCAAGCCAUAGUGCUGUUCCUGAAGCCCAUACUCUUAAUGCCUUCACACAAAUGCUCUCCUUCUCUGCCUAUUUCACCGUUUCUUAUUCUCCCCAACCCUCUGGUUUCCUUUUUUUUUUAAAUCUAGUAAAGGGAAACUCAAGGAGGUUGUCCCUUUGGGUAGUAGCUUUUUGAAUGUGCUUGGGCCUGUGCACUCAGCCUAUCUGUCCUUGAUCUAUCGUAUCUGUUUCUGAAGGUCUCCCAGCCUGCAUUUCUCCUGGGUGCCACUACAUAGCCCCGGACCCAGGACCGAACAGCUCUGCAGACCGCAGCACAGGGUUCUGCCAGUGCCAGGAAGGAGCCGCUAGCCUGGCUCCCCCGUGCCCAGGACACCUCCUCCUCCUUCUGCCCCUCUGCACUCUGGCCCCAUAAGGUAGUGUGUGCUGCAGCCACACCCCACAUUCCACUUUGGUGGAGAAGCAGGGGCAGGUUCAGUAGGUCAGGAGCUUCCACCAGCUUCCCUCUGCCUGUGCCAGGUACCUGCCCUGCCUUGUCACAUUCAGAGGGGUCAGGAGACAGGUGUGGAUGAUAGCAAGCAGACACAAAUUAAGCUGGAAAGACUAGAACAUAAAAAAAAACUUACUGGGAUGGUAAGGAGUUGGUGGGGCUGGAGGAAGAGAUGAACUGGGCAGCAGAGUGGGAGGAGGAGGAACAGAGGCAUUUCCAAAUGCUAGCUAGUGGUGCGUGGGUGGUUCAGUGGUAGAAUUCUCAGCUGCCAAAUGUUAGCUCGUGACUCGUCUUUUCUGGAAAACGGCCUCUAUAUAAACAAAUUCAAAUAUAUUACAGACUGAUCAGGGCUGCAGCCUCCCAAAGGAGUGGAUGGUGAAGGCUUAAAUAAAAGAGACAAGUUAGAUACAAUGUUAGGGCUCCAGGAGGAUCAAAACACUCCAGCAAAAUCGAGAUUCUCUGGGGACUGAGACAAAGAACUUCCUCAGGAGGUAUUUUAGGAGAAACUCCAUGUUACAUUUCACUACAGGAGUGAGAUGCCUGCAGCUACAGUCUUUAUUAGUUAAUUGGGGUGGGAGUCAGGCAUCCUCAUCUGUGACUUUAUCCUGUCCUCUGAGGCAUCACAGCAUCAUAGGCCACUACAGGCCUCAACCCGGACAGUAACCCAUAGAAUCUCACUUACUAUGAGUCUGCUGCCCUUCUCUAGACAAGAAGUCUGGGCCUUGGACAGACUGACAAGUAAACAUACAAAGCCAACUGGUUAAUUUUAAAUCCUGUUCAAAGCCACUUCGUAUGGUCUUCAUCACAAAUAUAACAACACAACUGGGGAUUUUUUUUGGGGGGGGGGAAUACCAAGACACCUAGGAACUCCCUGUUUAUUUCUCUGUGUUCCUUGAGACAACACGGUGUGUAGCUGUUUCUUCCCGAAAGCUAGCAGAGUGCCUGCCUGGCCCUUGGUCAGCACAUAGUACAUGCUUAUUGGGUGGGUGGGCAUCCAAUUGAAGGGCAAUGGAAAUAAGAUACAGGAGAAGAUAAAGUGCGUACUCAGAAGAAGCAAGACAAGAACUUGCACAGAUACUGGGACCCGUGGGUUCACGGCAGUGUUAUUCACUGUAGCCCAGGUGACGGUGGACAGAUGCCCGGUUGAGCAGAACAUGGUGGGAUACACACAAUACCAUAUUACUCAGUCUUAAAAAGGAAGCAAAUCUUGGGACGUGCUACAACAUGGGUACACCUUGAAGACAUUAAGUGAAGUGACAUACACCAGUCAAGCACUGCACGAGUGUUGUAUGCCUCCUGCUGAUAGAUUCUUAAGACUUACGAAAUCCACAGAGUUGAAAAGUAGAAUGGUGCUGGAGAUAGGAGAGAAGGCAGAGCCAGUGUAUAUUGGGUACAGAUGCUCAGCUGGAGAGGAUGGCAAUGUGUGGGCGGGCGGUGCUGCUGGUUAUACAACAGGAAGCUACUGCAGAACCGCGCACUUAGCAGUGGUUAUGGUGACCCGUGUACACUGUGUGCGUGCCUGUAAAAAUCCCAUAUGGUAAUAACAGUUUCACAUUGUGUGUGAAACUAGCAUAAUAAGUUAUUAUUGGCAUAAUAAAAUGUUUUCAUCAUCAUCAAGUCAUAAACAUGGAAUGGUAAAAGUUACUUUUAUAACAGUGAAAUGAAAAUGUAGAUUGUAGGAAGAAGACAGCAAUGAUGCCAGACUUAAAACUGGAUCUCCAAAAAUGUGUCAUCUGGGUUUAACACAGGGCAGGGACUUGCAGAGAGUUUUAGUCCUGUCCACUCUGCAUAAUCCCUAUGGGUCUCUCAAAAAAUAAAGAACAUUUUAUUUUGAACAUUUCAGACCUGUAGGCAAAUCAGAAUAGCAACGUGGGCACAUGUCCAUCCUACUAUGAGAAGUGUGGAUACCUUUGGUGUGGGUUGGACACCAGCCUGUCCCGCAGCACCCCACAGCACCUGCCCCUCAGGCUGUUUCUGCUUGCAAGAGUUCGGGAGGCCCUACAAGCAUGAGGCCAGGUCCCAGUCUGCAGAACAGUGUCCGGCAGUGUUACCCCACUGGUUUUUGAGUUGCCUUUGACCCUAGCCAUCCUGUGUGGAGGUUAGUUUCCUGCCAGAACAUAGGCAGGCAGUAGCAUGUCCAGUCAUCCCGGUGACAUCGGUACAAGUUCAUGUUCUCUAAAAUUAAAGAAUGAAUUCUAGGAACAAUGGGGGUUAAGAGCAGAAUAUAUUUAUUGAGAGAAAGAAAGCUUCUGUCAGAGAGAGAGACAGAAGGGGUCCCGAGUGGGUUGCCAAAGACCCCACCUUCUCUAAGGAUUUUUAUAGAGCAAAACCACGAGGUAAGGUGGGACAACUAUGGUCAACCAAUAAGAUUAUGAGUAUAAUUGCCCAGGUAACAUUGAUUAAAUUGGAAUCCAAUAGGGAAGUGAGUCACAUAGCAAGUCAGGACAAGGCCUUUGCCUUUAGGGGGUUGGAUUGGUGGUUUCUCCUGGCUUUCUCAAAGUGAUCAAGGUAUCAAGAUGAUUGAUAACUAGGUAGAGCAUCAAUCUCUGAUGUUUAACCUUAGGGUAUAGCUGCAUUUGCUUGAUCUUUUGUCUUGAGGCCUGGCACAUAUCUGGUCUUCUGCACAGGUCCCUUGGAGGUCCAGCCCUAUCUGAAUGCCUAGAAUAUGUCUAACUCAGUUUCCUGUAACACCAGCAGCCUGCGAGUCAGUGAGUGCCCUCCUCCCCCUGUCUUACUGAUGAAGGGAGAGGUUCGUGACAUCUCUCAGUUGGCUUGGGCCAUAAGUGCAGAGCCAUUCCUUUACUUUCCAGACCUGUAGGACAAGGCUAGGGUAAAGCAGGAGGGCCAGAUGGAGGGGUUGAGUAUGUGGAGCAGAGGUCAGGAAGGGACGGGGGAGGGAUGUCCAUGGCUUAGAAUAACUUGCCCUGUUUGGAGUAGAUGCCUGGUGUCUUUUCACGUAUCUAAAGUGGGGACUGACAUCUUUUUCUUGAAAAACGGGCUCUAAAAUCCCUACUAUAUAAAAAGCUCUCAAGAAGACAGCCCGCCUGCGUGUGAUCUUCAGGGACCACGUGGCCUCUUCCCACCGCCAGUGGAGCGGAGAGGUUUGUGAUGCUUGCGGCAGGGAGUUAAUUUGGUGAAUCCUGCAGGCUCCUUCAGAUGUUUAUCCAGAGCUUCCCACUCCCUCCCAAUACAGAUGAAAAGUUCAGCACAUUUUAGACUUGCUUUGCACUUGGCUAUAAACAGGGCUGUACAAGUAGAUACUUUAAUCUGCUUUAAAUUUAAGUUUGGCCUUUGGGGUGUUGUGUGUGUAUAUGUUAAGCAUGACCCUUCUUCUGUGGCCAUCUUUCAAAGCACAGGUUGCAGGAGCUCAGAGUGGGUGCCCACUGCUGCUGGCUCAGUAGCUUGCGCUACUGAGUGGGGGCCGAGAUGGGUCUGUACCCUCUUGAUUUUAUAGAGUUCCAGUGGGAGGAAGAGGAAGGGAAAAAGUGGCUAACUUCCCACCUGAAAAUCAAGAUCCCUUUAAUCUUUCCCCCAGUAUCCCACACACCAUUCUCUGGCCUUUCCUCUACAGUGGAAGUUGGGAAGAAAUCUUUUUCUAGAGGUGCAUUUCUGCCAGCAGCAGAGUACAGUGCCCUUAGUAAAGAAGCAAAGGAAGGUGUGUGUUGGAAGGUGCCUGGGCAUCAGCCAGAGGCAGACCUGGGGGUCUGGGUCUGAAUCACUGAAGCUGUCUUCCGCAUCCGAUCUCUUUGUUGUAAUCUGAUCCUACUGUUUUAAUAUCAUCAUCCAUGGAAACAGUGGGGCCUGGCUUUCACUUCUAUGUCUUGUGCAGCAGGUCUGUAAGCUUGCGUAGACACUGAGAGGCAAAGCCAUCUUUUUGUAGCCUCUGCUACAUUACCUACCUGUUGAGAGCUGCGUGUUAGAAGGCAUCCUUCUUGGAGGUGUUGGCUGCCGUCAGGCAUUUCUACAGGGACUUCUGCUGAGAUGAAAUCACUGCUUUUGAAAUUCAUAGGAUGGCAAAAUUUACCCAUGUACCACUGAUUCUUAUUCCUUCUACUCCUUUGAUUUAAUUUUGAAUUCCUAGGUUUUAAUGUUAUCUAAGAACUGAGAGCAAUAUGUAAUUUUUAAAACCCAGAAACACAGAUCGUGGCUAAAUAAUGAAGUCAUGCCGGAGUUGCCAGUAUUGUUUCUUCACGAGAGUAAAGAAGCAUAUUGAACUCUUGGGCCGUAUUUGCACUGAAUUGGCAGAACCCAGAAAAUAAAUGAAUAUGAUCUUCUGCUGAUGUGAGACUGAGUAUGUCUGAUCCAUUCACGAACAAUGCAGCCUGGCCUCUGGCCAUUUCUCAUGUUGGUACCCUUGAUUCACAUCUGUUUAUGCUUAUGCUGCCUCUGUGAUGCAGGUAUCUAAGGACCUUAAAGAUCUACUUUAAAUGCACAUACUUGCAUCUUAAGCCCUUAAUGCUAAGUGGAAUAAAUCAGACACAAAAGGUUAAAUAUCACAUGGCUUUUUUGUAUGAGACACUCAAAGUAUAAAUAAUUUAAAGAGCAAAAUAAAAGAUAGAUAAUAGGAAACAAGGAAAUAGAUCUUUUGUAAAUGGGAAGGGAUGGAGGGAGGUGGGAAGGAGGAAAGAGGUAGGAGAUUUAAGAAAAAUUAAGAUGUGUUAUGCAUGUGUAUAAUUCUCCACAGUGAAUGUAUGGUAAUCAUUACGUACUGCAAAUGUAAUUUUGUAAACAAAUAUAUACAUGCUCAUAUAGAAAUCAGUUACUCAUACCUCUUCAGCUGACCAAAGAACCAUUGAGGAAUUAGUUUGUCCAGGAUAAAAUAUAGAAUUAACUGUAUAAUAUCAAGUUAAAUUCUGUGAGUGAUUUCUAGAAAGAAAGAAAAAUCCAUCUUUAUACUUUAGGUAGGGAAAUCUUUCUUUCUAAUACAAUAAAAAUACAUUUAAACAUAGGUGUAAAUGUUUUUGCGUUCAGUUUUUAUACUUAGUAAAAAUGAACCAUAAAUAUGCUGUACUCACAUUUUAAACACAGAGCCCAAAAUUUAGAAUCUGUUUCAGUUUGCUACUGUGACCUGAGCUGAGUGAGCAGGACAAAUGAGGGGAAGCUGGCACGGAAAGAAACGUUGUAGCCCCUUUGAGAGAGAGGAAGUAUGAUCACAGAGAGUCUUUAAAUCCCUGACUACCAGUCUGCCUGCCCUGCCCUGACUGACUUUUGGUAUUCACAUUGCUGCCAGGUCCUCAGUACUGCUUUGUAGGGGAUGUGGUCCUGAGGGUUCACUGCCAAACAGGUAUCAAAAGUGAGUCACCAAAACUUUGCAAUGCCAAGAGAGGAAUUACCCCUUAAAACAUUUUGAGUUUGGGAAGGAGGUUUAUAGCUUCUGCAGUUCCCCAUGGAGUGGAUUAGGUGUGUCCUUGGGUAUUAUUUAAGGAAAUUUAUUUAAGGAAAUUCCUUGGCUGUUGAGCUCUCCCAAACCAUUGAGCAUUUUGGAAAAAAAAACAAAACAAACAAACAAAAAAAAACCCAGCUCUAAAGAUUAAAAUAUCUGUCUUCUUCUGGCUCAAAGUCUGACACAGGUAUAUAUGUACAUAAUUCUGAAACUCCAGAAACGGUUUUGAAAUUUCAGUGAAAACUACUUGAAACAAAAAAGAAUACUGUCACAUAAGUGAAAAACAGAAUGUUUCGGAAUGGUGUCCGAAUGAAGGGAAUAAUGAACGAGCCAUAAGUUUUUAGAAAAGUAAAGCUAAAAACCUACGGACUCUUGCAGUUUCGCAGGAAAGCCCUUCUCCUCUGGAGGUCCUGUAUCUGACAUUUGCAUUUCUUCUGUUUUCCUGUAACUCUGCCCCGGGUACAGGGGAGUCCAGUAUUGGUUAGGAACUGGGUUCCACAGCAGGAGGUAGGUGUCAGGUGAGCAGGGGAAGCUGCUUCUGUGUUUGCAGCUGAUCCUCUGCCCUCACAAGCUUGGCUGCCAGAGCUGUGCCUCCUGUCCGGUCAGCUGGCAUUGGAUUCUCAAAGGAGCGCUAACCCUGCUGAAGCAGCGUAUGCCCGCAUGCACUCUGUGUGAGAGCCUAAUGCCUGAUGAUCUGAGGUGAGGCCCACACCAGAAUGCUGGUGCUGAAAAAUGUAAUUAUUGUGUAUCACAAACCCAUGCUAAAAUAAAUAAAUAAUUUUUAAGAGUCCUGCUUUCUCUGUCUGUGGAAAAAUUACCUUCCAUGAAACCAGUUUCUGAUGUCAGAAAGACUGGGGACUGACUUCACCUCACACUGUGGGAUAGAAAAACCACUUUUACGUGUAGCACAGGAAAUAAAGAUUUCCAAGCUUAGUGGCUGGAUUGGCUUAAGUCUUCUGCCUCUGUCCCAUAGAACAGCUGUGCCAUGCCAGGUACGGACGGAUGUCUUUGAACAGAGCUUCGAGGGCCUCAUGUUCUGGUUUGGGAGACAGAUCGUGAGGACAGAGAGAUGAGCUCUUAUGUCAAGAGCUCAGAAGAAAACAAGCAUGCAAUAGACAGAAAAGAUUUGAGAAAGGUGGUCAGAGAUCACCCGAGGAAAAUAAUAUCUUUAAACAACCGAGGAUCUAAGCAGGCCAGAGUUCAGAGAAAAGUGUGAUAGACUCAAGCCCGGUGAGUGCAGAGCCCACAAGGUUCCAGGUGGAUUGCUGUCCUGAGGGACUUUAGACUCUGCUGUUACUUAGAGCUUUAUGAGCAAGAAGAGUGGAGUACAGGGAACCUAUAGAGGAAGACAGGCCCGGUCUUUCUGGCCGUGGAGGAUUUCUGAUUUUAUUGUAAGUGAAGCAAAGUCCUAGUGAAGGAUUUUCUGUGUAGGGAGUGGACUAGGGAGGGAAAAUGAUCUGAAAUUCAUUUUGGGUAUGAAACCAGAAGAGUUCUACUGUGGCUUCCCAUUGUGGGUAAUGGUGAAGGCUCUGAAAUAGGACCACAGCUACAAGUCCUGACUCCUCUACUGCCACCUGUUUAAGAAUGAAGAUAGUCAAAUGCUGUUUUAAGUACGUCCGCCAGCAGAAAGUUUUCAUCCUGUUUUUAACCCUAUGGCUGCUCUCCUUAUUAAAGCUUCUAAAUGUGGGCAGGUUGCUGUUUCCUCAGAGAGGCAUUUACCUGGUGGAGUACUCCCUAAGCACCUCACCUUUUGUGAGGAACAGGUACCCCCACGUGAAGGAGCAAGGCGAGUAUGAGGUGAACUGCUCCGGGAUCUAUGAGCAGGAGCCUCUGGAAAUCGGCAAGAGUCUGGAGAUCCGGAAACGAGCUAUCAUUGACUUGGAGGAUGACGAUGUUGUGGCAAUGACCAGUGACUGUGACAUUUAUCAGAGUUUAAGAAGGUACCAUCACAAGCUCAUUUCCAGGGAGGAAAAGAGCUUCCCCAUAGCUUAUUCUUUGGUUGUCCAUAAAGAUGCGAUUAUGGUUGAAAGGCUCAUCCGUGCUAUCUACAACCAGCACAAUAUCUACUGCAUCCAUUACGACCUCAAGUCACCCGAGCCCUUCAAAGUGGCCAUGAACAACCUAGCUAACUGCUUCCCUAACAUUUUCAUUGCUUCCAAGUUAGAGGCAGUGGAAUAUGCCCACAUUUCCAGACUCCAAGCUGAUUUAAAUUGCUUAUCAGACCUUCUGAGGUCUUCGGUUCCGUGGAAAUACGUCAUCAACCUCUGUGGGCAAGAUUUUCCCCUGAAGUCAAACUUUGAAUUAGUGUCAGAGUUGAAGAAACUCAAUGGAGCAAACAUGUUAGAGUCAGUGAAACCCCCUAACGGUAAAAUGGAAAGAUUUACUUAUCACCAUGAACUCAGACGAGUGCCUUAUGAAUACAUGAAGCUACCAAUAAGGACAAACAUCUUCAAGGAUGCACCACCCCAUAACAUUGAGAUAUUUGUGGGCAGUGCCUACUUCGUGUUGAGCCGAACAUUUAUUAAAUAUAUUUUCAACAACUCCCUCAUUGAAGACUUUCUUGCCUGGUCUAAAGACACAUACUCCCCUGAUGAGCACUUCUGGGCAACUCUAGUCAGGUUACCAGGAGUACCUGGGGGGAUUUCCAGGUCAGCCCAGGAUGUGUCUGACCUCCAGAGUAAGACCCGCCUGGUUAAAUGGAAUUAUUUCGAGGGCUUUUUCUACCCCAGAUGUACUGGUACUCAUCUUCGAAGUGUGUGUAUUUAUGGUGCUGCAGAGUUAAGAUGGCUUAUAAAAGAUGGGCAUUGGUUCGCUAAUAAAUUUGAUUCUAGGGUGGAUCCUAUCUUGAUUAAAUGCUUGGCAGAAAAGCUUGAAGAACAACAGAGAGAAUGGAUUGCUUUGUCUUCAGAAAGGUUAUUUAUGGAUAAAAAUCUCUCAGUCACGUCUUCAUAGUAAAAUGAUGACGGAAAUAUGAGGAUAUCUGGUAUAUGAGAGUUAACAUAGAAGUGUUUACUAUCCCACAUCCAAUACCAAUUUAAUUUAAUAUUCUCAAAGAUUGAAAGUAGUCUAAAAUUGUGUGCACUGAAGAAAGCCAUUCAGACUUUCAUGUGAUGAGCUUGUAGUUGGUUGGGUCUUUUAAUAUUUCUUUUUUGCUUGUAUUCUUACUGAGUUAAAUCAGAGCUUUUAAAUAUUCAGUGAGUUAUCAAAUAUUUAUUAAGCACCUACUGUGCACCAGACACUUUUUUAGAAAACAUUCAGGAAUUCAAUCUAAGUUGUAAUGAGUUGCACAAUGCCCUCAGGAAGCCAUGUGUUACCCUCAUCACAUGGUGAUCUUGGUAUCUUCGUGUUCUCCACAUAAGGAGGAUUCUGCUGAUGACACUUACGGAGUAUGUGGUGAACCUGUGAACCAUCCAUUCAGAACAAUGUGUGGGGACAGUGACCAGCUCUCUGCCUGUCUCUCACUUUGGCUCCAUAGAUGUUUCUUAACCUCUAAAACCCUAGGAAGAGGGACGCCACUACCUCAACGAAGCUCAGAGACUCAUCCAGUUGCCUGCUUGCCAAAGCUCAAUUCACCUCUUGGUGCCUCAUGUGUUGAAUCCAGGGCCUCAAGGACUGUGCUGAUGUGAUAUUUACAGUACAUGCUGGGGAGGAACAAAGGACUUUUUUCAGCUUUUCCACCUGUCGCGCAUGGAGACCAUGAAAGGAUUUUGUACAUCAGCUGCUGCUUUAGAACUCGUGUACUGAUGAAAACUAAGAAUGGAGGAAAGAGUUCAAAGUGUCACCCACCAGAGCCUGGGACCUGCGUCUGUCAUCCGGGGGUCAGCAUGGGAGGUACAGAUGGAACCCUGCCCCUGCACUAGGACUGCUGCCAGAGCUACUGAGGCACUAAAUCCUCCGGGAAAGCUGGUUUGGUCUGUGAUGCUUUCUGAGUUAAUCAUUAUGUUUAUUUAAACUUUUUCUUUUGUGACCUUUGCCUAAGUGGAAUGCAAAUUUGAAAUGACAAAAGCUCUAAGUUCACUGUGGUCUUCUUCACAACUUUGAUUCAAAAAGAAAAAAGAUUUUCCUAAGGACACACACAACAAAAAUAUUAAUGCUGUAUUGUGAAACCCACACCAUAUAUACAUACAUAUAUAUAUGACACAGUAUAUGUAUACUAUAUAUUAGUAUCUAUAGUACAUACUAAUAUAUGUUAGCAUAUAUACAUGUUAUUAUAUAUAAAUGACUAUAUAUACAGUAAUAUGUACUAUACUAAUAUAUAGUAUACUGUGUAUAUAUAUAUAUAUAUGCUAAUAUAUAUCACACCAUAGAGGGUGUAUAUAUACUAAUGUAUAUUAUGAGUUUUAUUUACAUACACAUGCAUGCACACAAUGGCUAUAUUAUGCUGGAACAGGGUCCUGAAAGUAGACUAUAAAAUUUUCACAAGUCUUUUGGGAAAGAAUGCAUGUAAAUAAUGUCUCAUGUUUUGAAGUCAACCUCAGGAACUACUUAGGGAUGUAUUCAUUAGUCCAGGCCAAAAUAAGGCUAUUUAGAAGACUAAAGUAUCUACGUUUCUUAAAAAAAAAAAAAAAAAACCCAACUUAUUCUACAUGGAAGAUGCACUUUGCUUGCUGAAAAGCUCAUGACACUACCUGCCAAGCGGCAGCCCUCACCUCUGGCACCCAUUUCUCUUUCUCUUUGUUUCUCGUUUGCGUCAGUUGCUUCCUUCUUCAGGGGCUGCGUCCUACGGAGUCGAAAGCUCCCCUUUCCAGAAGCGAGGGCCCCCUCAGAGUGUGUGAGCCGGGCUCAGCUCUCUGGUCUCUGUGAGCUCGGCUCUGGUCUUUGUCGUAACUCUUGGGAUGUCUUCUCUGGCUUCGUCACAAGUGUGGUCUUGUGUAUGUGUGCAAAUCGGUUGCAACAGCAUGUGAAGUGGUUUGGAAGUGAGCAUAAUUUUGAAAUAUUGGACUGUGGUAAGUAUAAGGCAAACUCGGAACCGGCUGCCUUGUAAUGCUUGGUUACCUUUCUAAGGGAAGUGCCACAGAACAGAGGCAGCUGCUGUCACCAGGUUGGGAUCUGAAAAGCCCAGUGUCCCACACCUGGGGUUUCUUCUGAAUGCAGUGGAAUUAGCAAGCUGGUCCCGAGGCUUAGUCUGGAGUGGGGCAGAAAUGCUUUGCCCACUACCUGGGAUGUAAUACACAGGUCCUGGUGAAGCCUUAUUUUUAUAAGGCUUUGGCUUUAGAAUAGACGUAAAUGCUGACAGAUGGGCAGGGCCUUCUGGGCCAGAGUCUUGCCUCCUGCUGAGAAAUGAUGGGGUGCCCAGUUUAGGCCUCACUGGUCACUAUCAUGCUCCCUCAAGUAGAGCAGGAAGCCAUGCAGAGGUGGCAGUUCCUUCUCCCCCUUGGCACAGCCCCCUGGCUCAGUCUCUUCCGUCCAGGAAGCGUGUCAGACCGGGCUGUGCUCAUGGAUCUUGCAGUUUUCCCGAUGCCUUCAAACCUUUCUUCCCUAAAGCCUUGGGUGUGAUUCCCUCCCUGUCCGGAACUGUUCGCAGUCUAUGCUGUAGAAUUAUUCUUUUUACUGUAUUUAUUGGAUCUAGGCUUCUAAUUACUGAGUGAUGAGACUAGGACCUUGAAGUUUGUAAAUUAAAUGGGAUAUUAGAUAUUAGUAAUGGGAAAACUACCAAAAUAUAUCUGUAUUAUGUGAACAACCUACUGUAACAUAUGUUUAAAGGCCAGUGUUGCUCUUUUUAUGAUUUGCUUAUUUUAAAUUAUAUAUAUAUAUAUAUAUAUAUAUAUAUAUAUAUAUAUAUAUUUAAAAUUGAAGAUUUCUUUUGCCUUCUAGAAUGUGAAGAUAUAUGUGAUGGUGUAUGAGUAAGAGAGAGAGGCAUAUUUCAUGAACAAAAAUGAAAAUCUGUUUUGGGAAUGUAAGGUGAAUGUAUUCUGAUGUUCUUACAACUAUUAUUGUUUGCGUUGAUGAUAAAAUGAGAGUUUUGAUUUUUUCAAAUAAUUUUAUUAACUGAUCUCUAAAUCUUUGUUGUUGUUGUUUUCCAUUUUAGAAAUAUAUUUCCCAUUAUAUGUUUUAAAUAGGUAGAUGAUUCAUUUUUGUAUUAUGCUGCUAGUACAUGUUAAUUUUCUGGUAUAAAAUGUGCUCGGGGCUGGGGAUUUAGCUCAGUGGCAUGAGCGCCUGCCUUGCAAACAGGCAGUCGCGAGUUCGAUCCCCCGUACUGAUAAAACGAAAAAGACAAAAAUAAAUAAAUAAAUAAAAUAAAAUGUGCUCCUAAAACCAAUCCCCUGGAAUGAAUGAGCUUUCUCUGGUUGUGCUGGAUCCCUAUGUGGAUUCUUUUGGCAUGUGACACUUACCAGUAGUGAAGAGCAGAGUUAAUUUUGCCUUACUUUAAAAGAAAAUUAGUGUGCAUUGCACAAAGAAUAUAGGCACAGCAGCAUAAAUUGUUUAAUUUGAAGAAGUCUCCCAAAAUCUUCCAGUGUUUACCUGUAUCCACUUUUCGCUAAAGUCAAUUAUCUGAGCAAAUAUUCUUGUUUGCUUGAUUACUUGGUGGAAGUUAGUCUCAGUAGGGUAAGUUAAGCUCUCUCCUCUAGAUUGCUAGAAAAUUAAAAGACCCCUCUCUCUCUCUCUCUCUCUCUUUCUCUCUCUCUGGGUCUGUCUGUCUAUCUCCCUCUCUCUCUCUCUCUCUCUCUCUCAGAAGGAUUCUCCUGCCUCAAUUUUAAGGCCGCAACCCACUGGAUCCCAUCUCCACCAGAGUCCCCAGGCUUUGCUGAUGGCCACAGACCCUCUCUAACGCCUUCUCAGUUACCUGCCUGCCUGGUAUACAGCAUGCAAGGAAUGUGCAUGCCAGCCCACAAGUCAAAUCCAUCUCAACAGGAAAGGCCAUUUUAGGAAUCUUCAACAUAAUAAAAAUUAAUGUUCUACUCCGCCCAAGAUUAAUUCUAGCUCUUGGCAAACAGCAAGCUUACAAGGCCACAGUAGUUUCAGGAAGCAUUUGAACUUACUUCGCAGUAGUGAUGGUGGUGGCUGGGUACACAACAUCAUGUUACAUAAGGACCUAUAGCAGGCAGUUCUGUACUUUUCUUUUUGGGUGCCCACAAAUGUAUAUCUCAGUUGCAACAAUUGGCUUCUAGUCUCAUGACACUGAUCAUGAGGAAGCUUUGGCAAUGGAGAAUGAGAAGAUGGUUGUAGAUUUGCUCCCACUGCCGUAAAGACAUGAUUGUGUUGAUGCCCAGUACUGAAUUUUUUGCAGAGGAGAAAGCACAUAACAGGAACCUGCCUUGAAGGUCAGCCCAAGUGGUGGGGCACUCGCCUGGCCCCAGGCUUGGCCUGCCUUCUCAUGGGAGCACCUUGGGUUGAAUCAUCUGGAAGAUCAGAAAGCAUUUGAGGAAAAAUCAUGUUCAGAAGCCUGGGGAAACUAAUUUUUUUGUUGUUACCAUUGUUGUUGCUUCCUAUAGACGAAUAAAAUAAAUUAAAGAGAAAUAAUUUAUAGACAUAAUUAUUGUCCUGACCAAACCAUUAAAGUCUCAGAGCACUCUUAAUUUUGUGUGCAUACACGUAUACCUUUUGUCUUGUUACAAUCACUCUGCUGUGUUGCCACAUGAUCUCUCCAGCUCUGUAAUGGCCAUACUAAAUUCAUCCAGCCUUUACUAUAUUGUAGGACAUUUGGAUGAUAAACAACUGAACUUUAUGUACCUACUUAUUGCUGUCAUAGGUAACAGUCAUUCCACCUUUGUACAUAGUGUCUCCUCUGAAUCACUUCCUUAGGAUACAGUGCCAAGAGAGGAAUUACACUCCUGCAGAGAGGCAGUUUUUAUUUAUUGCUUUCAUAUACAUUACAAAUUGCCCUCUCUGGAAACUGUGUAGGACGCUGGUUGGCUUCUACCUAUGUGAGAUAAACUGUGUUUAUGUAUUUUGAUCAAUGUGCACUCUGAUUAUAAAAGUCAGCAAAGACCUUUGCCUAAAUCCAGAAUGUGGACUUUGUGGUUUUUUAAUGUGUGGUUAAUAAAGAGCUAUUCCAGAAUAA